UGUCAUCCCGCUUCUCUCGAUUCACUGUUUUUUCUGGCUUUCGAUAGAGCUCUAUAUAGAAACCCUCGAAUGGAGGUGGAGACCGUGGUGAUGGCGCACUUCGAUACAUCGACGGCUGCAUUUCCUCGCUCGGUGGAUGGCCGAUUUGUAUCGGGGACCGAGAUUGAGGCCUCGAUGGUGGUUGAUGUUCCUGCUGCUUUGGGACUCGAAGCGUCUGAGAACAUUGGGGGCUGUGAUGGUACUCUUGAAUCGAAGACUUCGGAGGUGAUGAUGAUGGAUGGAUCGGAAACCAAAGCGGCGACGAAGGUUCAGAAAGUGUACCGGAGCUACCGGACACGGCGCCGGCUUGCUGAUUCUGCUGUCGUUGUUGAGGAGCUCUGGUGGCAAGCGAUUGAUUACGUGAGGUUGAACCAUAGCACGGUGUCCUUUUUCAACUAUUUGAAGCCGGAGACGGCGAUCUCGCGGUGGAAUCGUGUUUCCUUGAACGCCUCCAAGGUGGGUAAUGGUUUGUCCAAGGACGAGAGAGCCCUGAAGUUGGCUUUUCAGCAUUGGAUUGAAGCCAUUGAUCCAAGACAUCGUUAUGGCCAUAAUUUGCAUUGCUACUUCGACGAAUGGUGCAGCAGCAAGGCUGGCCAGCCUUUCUUUUACUGGCUGGAUCUUGGUGAAGGUAGAAAUGUGGAUAUUAAGGAGUGUCCAAGGGCAGUGCUUAGGCAACAGUGCAUUAAGUAUCUUGGUCGGCUGGAGCGGGAGCAAUAUGAGUAUGUGCCUAUAGAUGGGAAGAUUGUGCACAAGCUAACGGGAGAGCUUCUUCAUACAUCCAAAGAUUCUGGUGGGGGCAAGUGGAUUUUUGUGAUGAGCACCUCCAAGAAAUUGUACGCUGGUGAGGUAAGCACAUAAAAAGUAGACAAAUCCUA